AUUAUGCAUACAAAUAGAAUUUUGUUGUACCAAACUGUAGAAAAGCUGCCCAGCGUGGUUGGGUAACUUUCCCCUAAAUAAAAAAAAAUACAUAUAUAUCAAUUUUCUCAAAUCUCAUGUCGAUAAUUUGCAGCUGGGUUCUGAUUCUGUAGAAAAUUGAAAUUCAGACCUACAGGGAAAAAUUGAAAAGAUGAGUGAGAACAAAGGGUUUCAACUGGGGACGAUAGGGGCUUUGACUCUGUCAGUCGUUUCGUCAGUUUCUAUCGUGAUAUGCAAUAAAGCACUAAUGAGCACUUUACAUUUCAUGUUCGCUACAACUUUGACAAGCUGGCAUUUACUGGUAACUUUCUGUUCUCUUCACCUGGCAUUGAGGUUGAAAUUCUUUGAGCACAAACCAAUAGAAUCACAAACUGUAAUUGGAUUCGGUAUUCUGAAUGGGAUUUCAAUUGGAUUAUUGAAUCUCAGCUUGGGUUUCAAUUCUGUUGGUUUCUAUCAGAUGACAAAGCUGGCAAUCAUCCCUUGUACAGUACUGUUGGAAACCCUAUUCUUAAGCAAGAAUUUCAGUCAGAGCAUUAAGGUUUCUCUGACAGUCCUGCUUCUAGGUGUUGGGAUUGCAACUGUUACUGAUCUACAGCUCAACAUUCUGGGUUCUAUUCUCUCUCUUCUUGCAGUUGUCACCACUUGUAUUGCUCAAAUUAUGACCAAUACCAUCCAAAAAAACUUCAAGGUUUCUUCAACCCAAUUGCUGUAUCAAUCUUGCCUUUAUCAAGCAAUGACCUUGCUCGUCUCUGGUCCAUUUCUGGAUAGGUUUUUGACCAACCAAAAUGUUUUUUCUUUCAAUUAUACGCCAAAAUUAGUGUUUUUCAUUGUUCUGUCCUGCUUGAUCUCCGUCUCUGUUAAUUUUAGCACAUUCCUUGUGAUUGGGAAGACGUCUCCCGUCACCUAUCAGGUUCUUGGACACCUUAAAACUUGUCUAGUAUUAGCAUUCGGUUAUGUCUUACUCAGUAACCCAUUUAGCUGGAGGAACAUUUUUGGGAUAGUUGUUGCACUCGUUGGGAUGGUUUUGUAUUCAUAUUUCUGCGUUCUUGAGAGUCAGAAAAAAGCUUCUGAAACUCCAGUACAAUCACAGCAAAAGGAUCCUGAAUCUGAUUCUCUUUUACAUGAUGAGAAUGACAGUAGGACAUUAAAUGAUGUUGAUGUCCCGAAGCCUGCUGCAUGGAAAUCUGACAAGGAUUUUCGCGCUUGAAAUAGAAGCAUGGGGGCACUAUUUAAAUGACAAUUCAGUAUCUUAUAUUGCUUUGCUAGUGUGGGAUAAAAUGAAAGCUUUCCCUAGUCUCAAAAUGGGUUACUAGAACUCCUUGUAAUUGGGAGUAAGAGAAUCUUCUUGUAUGUUGGAGUAAGUAUUGCAUUAUUGAUUUGAUAGUUAAGCUGGAUAAAGUGUCGGUUCCAUCACCAUGGCCAGUUCUCGAACCGACGUAUGUGCAAAACAUAUAGUGUGAUGCAUAUUUUGGGAUAAAUUUUGUUAAACAUAUAAUAAAUAAGCUGGGAAAAUGUUGGAAGCAGCUUCCUUUUGAGAAA